AGAACAAGUAAAGAUGGUGUCUGAGGCUGACGUUUACAGGGCUGAGGCCGCUCAGGAGAUGGCUCGUGAGCUUGCUGACAGUUUUUCAGCCUGGAACUCGACUACCCUUGGUACACGCGAGAGGGCCUGCCAGAAGGUCGUUUUGAAGACUGAGGAGUACGUAAAGUAUAUGGACUCUUGCAGUGCAAAUGGAGGUUGCAAUGAAGUCGUGUCUGGAUUUUAUACACCCGCUGCCUUGUGGGCAACAAGGAGACUCUCUGGACUGUUGUGCAGUUUGGACGACAUUGAAGCCAAAAUCACUGAUCUCUAUUCCUUAUCCAAAAACACAAGUGACCUCAAGGUCAAGGAGGACAUCAAGUCUGACCUGGCGACCCUCACAGAGCUCAAGAAGAAAUACUUUGAACUGUUCGCUGCGGAUAUCAAAUUCAAAAACGUCAAGCUUGGGGACAAGAAGCAUCUUGGCGCCACUACCAAGACAUAUCAACAUGUAGCACCUAAAGCUGUGCACACAGAAGUGGAGGAAGUUUCCGCCUAGGCUGGUUACCAUUUAUAAAUACCAUUAAAAUAAAAGACUUAACGCAGUUUGGAGCUGUUUUUCUCGCCUGUAUCAUUGGAUUUAUUCGUUGCAAAGACACGGGCUGUACAAUAGCCGUUUUAAAUGUUUUAAAAUUU